AUGCUUCUAUAAUUUUAAUGCCUUAGAAAGCAUUUGAUUUUUGAUAAAGUGUACAUACUUUAAUGUUUUGAAAAAGAAGUUUUCAUUGUAGAAGUAUUUCUAAUUUUUGGAAUAUAAUAAGAAUAAAGCAAAACCCAAAUAUUAUUUUGAGUUGUCACUCAAGAGUUUUAUAGUAUUUCACGUUGAAUAAGAUUAUUUUGGAUUUUCUAUUCCAUAUAGAGGGAAACUAAAGUUAUUUCAUGCCAAUUCUUAAAAAGUUAGAGAAUUUAAGAUGCUUUUGUCUGGAAAGGUUCUUUUUGGAGACUUGAAUUAAUUUUAUCUAUAAAAACAUCAAAUUGGACAAGGAGCAUUUUCUUAUGUAAAUCAAAUAGUAAAUUAUAGGUAUUUAUGUUGUAAAAUCUAGAAACAAAAGAAAUGGUGGCAGCUAAAUAUUUAAGUAAAAAUUGGAAGAACAAAGCUAAUGCAGAACGAAUGAAGGUAUGAAUGUGAAUAUAAUUUUAAGGAAAUAAUUAAAGAAAAUAAUAUUGUUUAAUCUUUGAAUCACCCUAAUAUAGCUAAAAUAAAAGAAGUGUAUGAUAAAAAUUAGGAUAUAGUUAUCCUAUAUGAAUUUAUUGAUGGAGAUAAUCUUGAGAAAUAUUUACAUGAUCAUAGUACAUCUCUUAGUCAUUUCGAUGUUUAAUCUAUUAUGCGUGUAAAUCUUUUAAAUAGAUAUACUAGUAAUUAAUACUGGCAUUAUUUUACAUUCAUUAGUAAUAGCUUAUUCAUAGAGAUAUUAAACCAUCUAAUAUAAUGAUUUAAUCAAAUCAUAAUAUAAAAUUAAUUGAUUUUGGCUUGGCUGCUAAAAUUGGGACAAUUAAUAAUGAUAUAUGUGGAACCAUUGGUUAUAUUGCUCCAGAAGUUUUAUGUAUUACUACUGCAUAAUCAAUUUAUUCAUUUAAAUGUGAUAUGUUUGCCGUAGGAGCUAUAUUUUAUAAAUUGUAAAUUAUUUUGAUAACAUAGAAUAACUUCGCAUACUUUAUUAAAUGAUAUAAAAGAUUAUUCUAAUUUUUAAUUGAAAUUAGAUCUUUUAAAAAAAUUAAAUACUCCUGAAUCAGGAAUUGAUUUAUUACAAAAGCUAUUAGAUUUUAACUACAAAACAAGAUUAAGUGCAAAAGAAGCACUAUCCCAUUAAUAUUUUACUGAAUCAUUAAGAGUCUCAGCCAAAAAAUCUUUGUAAUUAUCAUAAAGAAAUAUUUUUUUGGCUAAUACUUCUUAAGUUUCUCAAAUUGGUACUUCUGAAACCUAAAUCCAAAAUGUUAAUAUUUUCAAUCAAAAUCUUAACAAACGAUUCAGAUUUUCAAUUUAAUCAAAUAAUUGA